CCCACCGAGCAUAGCGAGCGCGCCCAGGAGCUGAUUAGCCUGCAGAACCGGCGCGGGGGCCGCCUCCGCUUCCGCACCCAGAAGCCCGACCUGGAAGCCUCGGGGGGCGGCCUCCAGGCCCUGCAGUGCGCCCUGCACCUGGAGAAGCGCGUCCACCAGAGCCUGCUCGACCUGCACCGGCUGGCCACCCGCAAGAGCGACGCCCAGCUCUGUCACUUCCUCAAGAGUCGCUACCUGGACCAGCAGGUCGAGUUCAUCAAAGAGCUGGGGGACCAUGUCACCACGCUGAGCCAGAUGGGGGCCCCGGAGGUUGAGAUGGCCGAGUACCUCUUUGAGAAGCUCACCCUGGGUGACCGCCGCAAGAAGGACUGACCCUGGACUGCCCUCCCCGGAGCCACGGGGCCACUGUCCAAGGCCACCAUGCCCGCGUGGCCCCCACAAUAUUGCCCUUGCAGACAAAGUUCACUCAGGUCUUCCUU